UCGAAGAACCAAGUUUGUAAAAUUUAAAAACAAAUUAGUGCUACGGACAUGUGAUAUUGUAUACAAUUUAACUGCUGUAAAGUUUUCAUCAGCAGUUUGCUUCUUGAUAAGAAUUAAUUUACAUAAUAAUUUUCAGUUGUUGAAGGUCGAUACAGUUGAAAGCAAAAUGUCACAGUUUGUCAUUCACCAAGACGAAAACCAGGUUUCUCGGCGUGGAAAGUCGGUUAACACGAGGAGCAACGGGCAGAAUGGUCAGAAAAGGGCUGUGCUAGGCGUCAUAACGAACCAAGCAAAUCUGAGAGUUCAACCUUCACGAGCUGCAAAACCAAAGGCAUCUGACCAUGGAUUUCAAGAUGAAAAUAACUUUUCAAAGAAAUCAUCCAAAACGUUUGGCCAGAGCAGUCAGUUCUCAGUCUUUGUUGAUGAAGCUUCGAAGCCUGCAGUUACCAAACCAAUCAACCCAGCAAUCGCUGCUGCUCUCACAGCCCAGACAAGAUUGCCUCUGUCAACUGUACCAGGUUCUCCAGAGAUCAUCUGUUUGGAUGAUACAUCAGAAUCUCCUAUGAUCCUUGAUCUCCCGGAGGAAGAAAAGAAGCCAUUUGACAGAGAAGCUGUGAUACUUACUGCUCCAGAAUAUGAGGCAGACAUAUAUCGCUACCUCAGAGAGACAGAGACAAAGAACAGAGCCAAACCGGGCUACAUGAAGCGUCAACAGGACAUCACCUCAUCAAUGAGGAGCAUCCUGGUGGACUGGCUGGUUGAGGUGUCUGAGGAAUACAAGCUGCAUCGGGAAACACUCUUCCUGGCUGUCAACUAUGUGGACAGAUUCCUCUCCAAGAUCUCAGUCCUCCGUGGCAAACUCCAGCUGGUUGGAGCUGCAAGCAUGUUCCUUGCUGCUAAAUACGAGGAAAUCUACCCACCAGAUGUGUCUGAGUUUGUCUACAUCACUGAUGACACAUACGACACCAAACAGAUCCUGCGCAUGGAACACCUCAUCCUCAAAGUUCUAGCCUUUGAUGUAGCUGUGCCAACAACCAAUUGGUUCUGUGAAGCAUUCCUGAAAUCCUGUGAUGCUGAUGAUAGACUCCAGUCUUUGACCAUGUGUCUGGCAGAGCUGACUUUGAUUGAGAUGGACUCCUUCCUUAAGUACGUCCCCAGCAUUACAGCCUCUGCAUGCUUGUGUAUGGCCAGAUACUCUCUAGGCAUGGAGCCAUGGCCUCAGAGCCUUGUGAAGAAGACUAGUUACGAGGUUGGCCACUUCGUGGACUGUCUGAGGGAUAUCCACAGAAUGUAUCAGGCAGCCGAGUCCCACCCCCAGCAGGCCAUCCAGGAGAAAUACAAGCAGGACAAAUUCCAGCAGGUGUUUGACUUCACAAAGAACCCAGUCCCCCACAGUUUAACUUUGCUCUCAGUCUAGCAGUCUCAUCCCAGAGGCAGCUACGCCAGUACAGAAGCUUAUACCAAAGGUCUUUCAGCAGCAGAAUGAACUGUGUAGAGUCAGGGCCCCGCCUGUAGACUGCCACACAUGGAGUGUUGGGGAGCAGCAAUAGUCCUCUAUAGUACAACUCCCAGUCCCCAUGGCCACAUCAUGAAUAACACAAAGCUCUUUUCUUUCAAAAAUCUUAUCAAUAUCAAAUCUUUUUUGAAUUUUAAACAAUGGUCACAGUAAAUGUUAAAUAUAAUGUUUUUAUGUAAUUGUGUGAUGAACUAGUAUUCAUGUGCUGGCCAUGUUCAGGUUGAGCAGAGUGGUGAGUGAAAGGAGCCAUACUCUGGAUGGCAGUUUGCAGGCCGCCCAACCAUCCCCGGGCUUGCAGCGUCGUACAACUUGGUUAAAGAUGCCACCCAAAUGUGUUCAAUAGUCCCUUCACGGGAUAUUUCGGGUCAAAAACUUAGUCAUAGCUUUUUGUAUGAACAACAGACGUGGAAAUUACCAGAUGCUUUUAACUGUGCAAUAGAAAACAGCAGAUUUUAUUCGUGGCUUAUUUUGGUAUACAACUUGGUUGUGUGUGAUCCAUGUUUUAGCGAGUGUACAGUAUGCCCUGAGGAUCUUUUAGAUCUUUUAUGAAGUGGUGAAAAAAUGAUAGUGUUUUGUAAAUAUGUAUAUAAGUGUCUUCCUAAUACAAUGUCAUGCAUAUUCAAUAACCAAAAUCAUGAUUUCUAUUUUAAAAAACUGAAUACAACUUCUUUUUUAUUAAAAUGGCAAACCCAAGUAUUUUUACAAUCAGUGCAUGUCAUGUUUUCUAUUUGUAUAGUAUGCUUGUUUUUACAUGUGUCCUUUUCUGUCUUAACUUCUUAAUCUUUGUCUUGACAAAAACUUUUACCAUAUUAUGUAAAGAACAUUUUACCUUCAUAAAAUUUGUUCACAUUUCCUUUCCCUUGCCAUAUGUGAUCUGUAGUAUAAUAUAACAUAAAUUCUGUAACCGUAAUUCAAAUAAGUUUUAAAUCUUGCAAAUGUAUGUUAGUUUUUAUCAAGACUUAGAUUUUAUCUUUUAACUUAUUUAUGAAAUUAUAUGCAAUAAAGGUUAAUAAAUUUUA